GUAUAGGUUGCGAACACUGUGAUUGCGAAGUUUUUGAAUCCGAUUCUUCGCUAGUUGUUGGUUGAAUUAUCUCAAAAGACUGAUUGCCCUAAUUAUCGCACAAUGUUGCGCUAAUAACCGCUAACCUACCUUAGCCUAACACAAACAAUGGAAGUGAGUUCGGUUGUAAAAGGAUUUCUAGCGUCCUGCAACGUACCAGGGCCGUACGACGAAGCAACUAACGCUCAAAUCCAACGGCAACUAGACGUCUUGAUUGGUGUGACGACGUCUCGUGAAUUCAAGUUCUUCAACAGCAGGAACAAGCUAGCUCGGGAAUGUUUGUCCUGCGCGGUAUCUUUGCUGCUUGGGGCACAGCUCACCUUCCAGACGUCCGCCAAAGUGCUCAGCUUCCUGCACAACAUCGAAAAAGACCCAGCGUUAUUAGACUGGCUCCGCGAUGACUUCCAACUCCACUCCGCGGUGGCCGUCUUCCUUCAGUCGUCUCUGGUUGAGGAGAAUCCGUCUCUCCUUGCGCAGGCUGUGCACCUCCUGAAGGCUCUGUGCUACCGGAGGAAGGUGACCUUCACCGAAUCAAGCCUCUGUCACCUGCUCACAUUUCUGUUGAAGCACAUAGAACCCUCCACGGAUGAACUCCUAAUUCCGUGCUUGGAGCUGCUCAACUUCAUCUCUUGGAGCGAGCAGGUUCAGCAGUAUGCUCAGACAAUGCCCAUGCUUUUGGAUCUAUUCAAGGCACUGAUACCAAAGUACAACUCGGAUAACACGUCCAUGGUGAUUCAUGCGCUCUCCAUCUACGCAAACUUCUCCUUCGAUCGGCUGGUAGAAGACAAGCGAUUUCAGAUCUUCAGCCAUGACAUUAAGCAGACCUUGACUGUGAUCCUGUCGGCUGCACUGUCCCAAGUGUACGAGGUCAGCAACGCAGCUGUGGACCUGCUGGAGGACCUGCUCAAAUCUCCUCAGAGGAAGCACAAUGUACUGAGAUGCCAUCGACUGUUGAUGUCCUGUGCCUCGAAAAUUGUGGAAAAGCAAUCUCACAUGGACUCUCUAGGACUUAAAACGACCCUGCGGCUCCUGACGGCUCUGGCUUCCGAGGCGACGCUACUAGAGCAGCUGUCGUCUAGGCUACCAAACGGAUAUGGAGCCCUGUCACCAAUCCUACGGAUGGCCAUUGACCAUGAGGGCAACUCGCUCCAGAGAGCUCACUUCGCGGUCACUCUAUUCAGCCUGCUGCUCAAGGACAUGUGUGGGAAGAACAUGCUGGUCGCUCAAAACGAGAUGAUUGUGGCAGUCGUCAAAAGGAUUGCGGGAACGUUGGCCGCUUUCCAAGAGAAGCCACUUGCUGAAGUGCACUGCGCUCCAGAAAUGCACCUUGUGUCUCUGGAUCUCUUCACUACGCUUCUUGGUUCCGAGAUUUACGGAGAGAGCAUCGUGAAACAGUGCAUCACGGCUGAUCACGUUACAGCACUCCUGAAGCCGUACCUCCUCCAAAACCCUCAAGAAGCGACGGCAGCUCAGGCGGGUCAGUGGGUUCAAGUGGUCACUGCCGCCCUAGGGCUCUUGGUCGACUUGAUGGACAAGAUCACUGGCGUGAGAGAAAGCCUCAACGGCCUCUUUGAGGAAUCAAAUGUGGCCCGUUACCUUUCUUUGGCAAUGGUCUCUACCGAAGAGCAGACGGUUCUUGUUGCCUUCAAGUUGGCAUGCUUCGGUCAUUCUAUUCCCAACUUCAAGUCUGACGAGUUUCUGAAGUCCUUAGUUUCGGAAAACCAGAGUCGGUGCCGGUCCCAGUCUCCCGCCGGAUUCGUGCAAGCGCCAGGGCUCUGCCAGCCGGUCUUGAACGGCCAGGUUCCAAAUGGCUGGAGGAACUCGGGUGCCGGGCGACGACGCUCGGUGGAGAGGAGCAUCGACGAGAUCACGCGCAAGCUGGAACAAAGCUUCGAGAUGGGAGACCUGAAGCACUCGGAGAUUCUGGCCGUCUACGAAAACAAGAUUGCAGCUCUCAAGGCAAAAGAAGAUGAGCUGCUUCAUUUGCUGACAACGAAAAAUGCAGCGCUUCAGCAGUCUGAUCGCCUUGUGAGCCAGUACACCUGUAGCCAAGCGAGGAGAGAAGCUGAGAUGGAGCAGAUGAGAAGUCUACUUCGGGAUUCAGAACGACGGCUUGAAGAAGCUCGGGAGAGGAUGGACAGUGUCUCCAAAGACAAACAGGCGACCUCUGCUCAGCUGAAGGAAACCAGGGGUCAGGUCAAGAGUCUCGAAAGCCACAUUAGAAAGCUGGAGGCCACCAAUGACGCCCUGGAGGUCAAAGCUAAAAGGCUGAAGGUAGUGCUGAAGAGCCUGGAGGUGCUGCAGCAAGACAACAAGUCGCAGUCCGAGAUGCUUACGAUGCUGCAGCGGCACAGCGACUCCAUGAAGCAGAAGAAUGACUCGCUUUCAAAACAAAUUGAUGACAUUGAAGCAGAAAAAGAAGAAAUGCAGAAGCUGAUCAAAGAGCAUAAGGCCAAACUGAAGGAUCAAGCCAAAUGCAUGCACAUGCUUCAGACAAAACUGGACGAAAAGUCAGCCCUUGCAAAGUCUCUCGCCAGCGAGAAGAACAGCUUGCAAGAUGCAAACAGCUUGCUACAACGAGACAAGUCCAACUUGGAGCAUGAGCUUCAGGCCCUGGAAUCUCAGUGCCAGAAGAACGAGUCGGCGCUCCAAGCCAAGACGGCGCUCGUCGAAAAACUCCGGUCCCAGCUGGACAAGCACAGGCAAAUGCAAGAGAUGAUCCGCAGCAUCAGCGCUCCUACGUACGACACGUCGGACGAAUGAUGGUUGUUGCGACGAUGACGAUCGUGCAUUUGGUGCCUCGCAAUUGUCGGUGCAAGCACCGCCUGCAAACGUGUGGACUCUACUGCUUUAUACGCAUUUAGGCACGAGCAGAUCUUCCCCCGUAAACCGGCCGGGAAAAGCCAGCGCCUGCACGUGUGACGCUCAAUCUCUCUCCGAAUGUGCACCGAGCAGGUUGGUUUUAUGGCGCAAAAUUUCGAGGCUUAGCUCUUUUUCCAUAAAAAACGAGAACGACAAACUUGCCAAAGUCGAUGUUGAGCUUGUUCGCGGAACAACAGAGUCGGCGGCGCCAUUUGCCCGUAGUGCCAUGUCGCAACGGGUGCGGCGAGCGGGCAACAGGGUGGGUCGUCUACUUGCUGCACCCGUCAAAAGAUGGCGCCUUGAGCGAAUGGGGUCACCAACUCAGUCUGCGAACUUUGCCACCUUGACCUUGGCAAGUAUUUUGCUCUCGCUUUUUACCAUACGCCUUGAAAUUUUGCACGGUAAGACUGACUUGCUCGCUUGCACCACCUGAUACAUAUUUUUGGAUUAUUGUUUUUUUCGCGAGGUUCGUGGCAUGCGUGGAGCCGGUCACUGAAAGACUGAGAACGACAGGAAGGUCCUUCAGUCACCAUGCCUUCAGCACAAGCUUCAUACUUUCGAUAUCACUUGGGCAUCUCGUGAGCUCCGGCGUGCUUGCACUGCCAAGGGAUGCCAGAAGGCAAGGAGCGCGGGCUGGAGGCUGGCUGGCCUUCUCAUUCUUUCGGGAGUCUAUGUAGUGACAAUACUUUGCCACGAAAAAGACUAAUAUUUGUAUUUUUGAGGUGUGCAAAUGAUUAAAUUAUGGACGCGAGUGUGGGUAGCUGUUUGCUGCACGUGAAAUGGAAUGUGCCGAGCAACCAUGUUUUUUUUUUUAUGAUGAUUUGGCAUGACUGUCACUCAAGCCUUGAACUUUGUCGGUUUUGAUUGCACCAAAGUGUAAGAGCACGUGACGGCUUUGUGUCAAACCUCUCGGCCAUGGAGUGAGCUGGUUCUCUGUGAAGUGGUGUGUUUUUCUUAUUUAGUUCUUUAUUUUAGUAUUGGUGCGUUUUUACUACUCGACCGUUCUCUAUGGAAAAUCAUGCUACGUUCACUAGAUUGUCUGUAUAAACUUUCUAAAAUAUUC